AUGAGUACCUCAGAUUUGGACAGCCGUAACAUCGCGAUUUCCAUGAGAAAAUCAGUGGAAAAUCUUGUUGUCUCAUCCCAAGAUGCCAUCGGACAGAGCAUCAGCCAAGCACUCAACUUCUCUGGAGCCAUCAGUGCUCCACACAGCAUUGUACAGGAUAACAAAAGUACAUCCCGUUCGCCUUCACCGUCGCUUCGCCUCACAGAGAGCAGUUCCGAACUCGUUGAUGACAAGUCGGGUGACGUAUCCUUCCAAGGUGCCGGAGAUGGGUCGAUCUCUAUUGAAACUCCACUUGCCAAAUCUGAUAGCAACAAGGUAAUCACAGAUAAAUCACAGAACACAGUGGUGUUGCGAGGAGGUGUGGACGUCGGUGGGGCUCGGACGAAGAAGAAAAGCUGGUACAACUCACUGUACCCCACUUAUAAGAGCAAGUCGGAGGACUUCAAACGCCUGUUCAAGGACUUGCCCGAUGAGGAAAGACUUAUUGUCGACUACUCGUGCGCCCUGCAGAAGGACAUCCUGGCUCAUGGACGGCUGUACGCGUCGCAGAACUACAUGUGCUUCUAUGCCAACAUUUUCGGCUGGGAGACCAGCAUGACGUUGCGCUGGAAGGACGUCACAGCAAUCACCAAGGAGAAGACAGCUUUAGUAAUCCCGAACGCGAUCCUCGUUUGCACGGAGGGCGAGAAGAACUUCCUGACGUCAUUCUCCGGACGAGACAAGGCGUACCUGAUGCUGUUCCGCAUCUGGCAGAAUGCGCUAAUGGACCAGCCUAUGAGCAGCCAAGAGAUCUGGCAAUGGGUGUACUCGUGCUACGGUGAAGAGUUGGGGUUCAAUUCCGAAGACGAAGGCUGCCCGAGGGAAGGGCGUGACGCGACCGACGCACGAGAAGACUCGCCCGCGUUGCUUCUAGACGGAAGCGAGGAGCUGUUGGACUCAACGUCGAUGGAGGCUGGCGGGGGAGCGGGGAGUGCGGUGCUACGCGCUCGCGAUAUUUCGCCACUGAGGGUAACUAACGGCGACACGGAGUUCAGAGGACGCGAGGAAGAUGCGGCAGACACACUCCCGACCGAUAUGUCCGACUCUUCUGACAGCGAGCCGGACAAACAUCUCAAUAGCGGCGACGUGGAGAAGUGCACAUCUACACACGAGGGCAAGACGUUCCUCAGCCAGGAGUUCCCCUUUAACAUCGACCAGCUCUUCACCAUGAUCUUCACCAACUCAGAGUUCAAUCUGGAGCUGUUAACGGCCCGUGAGACCACGGACUACACUCAAGAGCCGUGGCAGGCGUCUGGAGGACGCAAGGCACGACGCGUCAGUUAUACGCUGGGGUUGGCUUCAGGGCUCGUAGGUCCCAAAAAAGUGCGCGUCACAGAGACUCAGGUAAUGAACAAGUGCUCGAAACCAGGGACACUGUAUUCGAUAGACUCGACAAGUGAAAAUGCCGGAAUCCCUUACGCAGACUACUUCAGCGUAGAAGUUCACUACUGCCUCCAGCGAGUAGCAGAAGCCUCCACGCAUCUUUCCCUCUACGGACACGUGCGGUAUAAGAAAAGCAUGUGGCCAAUGGUCAAAACAUUAUUAGAGAACAACACGAUGUCGGGUUUGGAGGAGUUCGCGAGGUUGCUGGAGACGCGGCUGCUGGCCUCCGCGCCGGAUCCCACGCGACCCACCAGACGCCGGAGAAGACAUCUGGGCGCCGUGGCGCGAAGUGCAUCGAACGCGGUGGAGGGGGUUGCCGGUGUGGGAGUGGGAGGGCGCGCGCUGGUCGCGGUCACGGUGACUGGCACGUCCGUGGGCGCGGGCAGCGCGUGGCCCAGCCGUGGGCUGUACAUGCUGCUGCUGGCGCUGCUGCUGCUCAACGCGCUGCUGUACUGGCGGCUCGCCGUGCUGCAGGACUCGCAGCUCCACGCAGAACACCUGCAAUCCAGGAUGAAUUCGGUGAGCGGGCCACAGAUGCAGGAGUGGUCCCGCCUGCUGGAGCAGCAUACGAUGCGGCAGCGCUCCGAGAUGCUCACAUGGCGGGACGCGCUCGACCGCACCGUCGCACAUCUCGCGCAGACGGAACAAGCACUAAGAAAACUAUUGGAGACAGUCAAACCAUCACUGGAGAAGACGGAACCAGCGGACACACAGAACAGUGAACUGUGA